AUGGACGCGGACGAUGAACGGACCAGCGAGGCAGUCGCCGCCACAACCGUGGAGAUGACGGCGACGAGCGCUCGUGAAGAACCAUUCGUCAAGGAGGACGAAGCCGCUGAUGUCGAGGAACCUCCUGCCGCGUCCGACGACGACACUGUUGGCAACAAGUCGACCAACGACGAGAUCGCAAGUGCUGCCGACGACCAAGAACACCAAGAAGGGACGAAGCCCAAGAAGAAGGCAUCGAACCGACGAGCCGAGAUUCCCGGAGAGCGACGAAGCGACCGUGCACGUCAAGCUCCUCGUGCGGUGUACACGGCUGCUGAAGAGACAGUGGUCGACGACGUGUUUGUCGUUCCGGAGGGACCUGGAACCAAGCUCCGUGACAUUGACUACCUUGCUGAAAAGGUGUCGAAAUGCGGCAAACGCGACGUCGAGGUGCUCAAGAUUCUGUACUCUGUCAUGUUCAGCCGUCGGUUCUCCCUCGGCAUCAUGAAGGAAGCGAAGCAGCACAUCUUGGACUAUUCCGGGUACGCUCCCAUGGACGACGAAGCGGAGAAAGAAAAGUUGCGGGACGAGUUGGCCAUCAAAUUAUGUCGCGGCACCGUCGGGUUUGUCGACGUGUUGAUGGACUUUCUCCAGAUCGACAGGUCCAAAAAGUCUUUUGUCGACGCUGGCUCCCAAGGCAGCAAGGACGAUAAGGUGGAACGCAUCAUCGACUGGCUCUUCCACCCCACCGCCACCGAAGUGAAAGCGAAAUCCGCCAAGAAAUCGACCAAGAAAACCAAGAGAGCGGGCAAGAAAUCGUCCAAGAAGGAGAAGAAAGCACCUGUGGAAUCGGAAACCACGACGGAUGACGAAGGCGACGACGCUUCUCCAAAGCCCAAGGCGUCGGCAACCUCGAAGAAGCGUAAAGCGACGAAAGGUGACGAUGGCGCACCGACGAAAAAACGCACGACCAAGAAGAAGGUGGCGGCGGCGAAGAAAGCAGUGACCGACGAAGCCGAGACCGAGAGUGAGAACGAAGACUUGUUUGAAGAAGCCGCGCGAAAAGCAGAGGCACGUUGGACGGACCCGUCACCCAGGAAGCAAUCGGUGGCCAAGAAGAAAGCUGCGACAACCACCCCGGCGGCGGCGGCGCUGCCAGAAAACAUUCAAACUCGGUUGAAGCAGAUUGUAACGGAGGGUGACGUCGAGACGCUGACGUUGAAAACGGUCAUGGACACACUCACUACCGAGCUGAACGCGGACGUGAAAACGCACAAGAACGCCAUCAAAGACUUUAUUGCCAACUGCUUGUAAUGUCGAUCCCAUCUUGCCGUUG